AAUUGGUAAAAUACUUUCCUGGUCAUCCCCAGGCAGCAUAGUAAAAACACACGGGUUAUGUCUCCUCACUGUCAGUUACCAGAAGAAACGCCCACUCUCGUAAUAAAUACUCACCCUCCCCUCUCUCACGCGUCUUUGUUUUCUUCUGUCAGUUCCGGGUGGCCACUCAUCGAUCCUCUGGGAUCCAAUUACCGGGUGCAGUUUUUUCUGGCAGCUCUCUCCACCCGAAGCCCUGGCGUUAUCAGCGUUAGCUGUGUGUCUGGGGAUCCCGUUGCAGCAGGGGAUAACAUAUAUGCCGCUCAGGCACCUUCAGCGUUAGCGCUAUGGGCAAGGUGCGUGUCGCACCAGUAGUGACGUCAUCACGGCGUUCAGGAGUUUUAAAAAGUUGCCGGUUACAGAGCGCACUGCUCUCAGUAGCUGCCGAUUGGAGAUGGAACCGGCUGCCCUAAAACGUGCUGCUGCUAAACCUUCAGGUGAUUCUACCCCGGCUGAAGAUCCUCCUAGUAAGAGACGCCAUGGGAAAGAAGGAUCCUGCAGGGCGUGUGAUAACCCAGUAUUAAAAGGCAAGAAGCUGUGCCGUGACUGCCUAGAUGGCUAUGCCUCAAGGGAGGAAGGUUAUAGUAAGGAGAAAGUCCAGCCUGCUGCCCCUGCUACAGUUGUAGAUCAAGCUGCUGUUAUGAAGUGGAUAAAGGAGGCAGUGGGUGAAUCCAUGAAACAACAUCAUAGAGGUUCGGCUUCUAAACCUUCUACAUCUGCUAUGCUGCAGGAUUCAUCCUCUGAGGGAGAAUAUUUGUCCUCAACAGAGGAAGAUAAAAAUGAGGAAGGGACAUUUGACACCAAGUUAGUUCCUUCGCUUAUAAAGGCCAUAAGACAGACUUUAAGUCUGGAAGAUCAGCAACAGGAGAAUUCUUCAAAAUCACUUUUUGUUAAAAAGAGAAAGCUAACUUUUCCUGUUCAUCCAGAGAUUAAAGAUCUAAUGAGUCAGGAAUGGAAGACAUACAAGAAGACUCCAGUAGAGACAAAAUUAUCUGUACUGUAUCCUUUUCUAGCCGAAGACAUGCAGAUCUGGGAUAAUCCCCCAUCGGUAGAUGCUCCUGUGGCCCGUUUAUCAAAGAAGACAGCUCUGCCAAUCGAUGAUGUGUCAGCACUAAAGCACCCUAUGGACAGGCGGAUGGAGAUUGAUUUAAAGAGGGCAUAUAUGACAGCAGGAGCAACCUGUAAACCAGCGGUGGCAAUAGUAUCGGUGGCAAAAGCGAUGUCCUUGUGGGUGGAUAAUUUAGAACAGGCAGUUAGAGAGGAAUCACAGGAAGAGAAUAUCUGUGAGGCCCUAGCAGACAUCAAGAAAGCAGCAGAGUUUUGUCUGGAAGCAGCAGUGGAUAUUUCAAGAUUGUCGGCACGUAGUAUGGCCUAUAAUGUGGCUGCUCGUAGAGCACUGUGGCUGCGUACAUGGUACGCAGAUACGGCAUCUAAAAGUACUCUUUGCAGACUACCUUUUGAAGGAGGUCGUCUGUUUGGCAAGUCCCUUGAUGAAUUGAUUUCUAAGUCUUCAGGAGGUAAGAGCACCUUAUUGCCACAGACCAAGCGUCCUCAAGAGGUCUCUAGAAGACAGUAUGACAGAUAUCCGUCCAGACGAAAGGAGGAAGCAAAGGCUUAUAGGCCUGGGAGAGAGUACAGAUCAAAUUGGCGGUCGGGGCAGACUGGGUUUUUUCGUUUCCCCAAGGGUAAGAAUGCUCCAAAGCCGCAGUCCAAGCCCCAAUGAGAUGAGGCCGGCCCCACCCCCCUUAGUAGGAGCAAGGCUUCUGAAAUAUCAGGAGGUGUGGGCCAGAGAAACAGACGACAGAUGGGUCAAUUUAGUGGUCUCAAGGGGGUAUCUCUUAGAGUUCCACAGAAGACCUACAGGAAGCCACUUUAUUUCUUCAAAAAGAGCUCUAAAAUUUUCAGAUCAUCUGCUUUUUCAGCAAUACAUAGAAGAGUUGCUGGCCAAGGAGGCGAUUGUUCCAGUCCCUGCCAGGCUGCAAGGUCAGGGGUUUU